UUCCCAGAACAAGGUCGUUCGACGCGACGUCAUUUGUGACAGUAGAGUUUUUUUAAAACAGACGCUUCGAUAUGAAAAAUGUGCCGGUUUCUCUCUCAACUUUUCUAUUUCUUUCAUUGAUUCACGAUGAUUGUCUUUGUUUCCAGGAUCAAUAUCAGUGAUGUGUAUUCUAGCUCCGACAAACAAGCGUUUUUUUCCCUACAUUACGCACACAACUGCUGCUGCUCAUGUAACGACGAUUGUCACAUGGAUAGACAGCUGAUGUAUUUUUAGUACUGGCAGUGAAUAUUGAAACGUAAGCGCAGCCGCGAGAGGAGAAUUUCAAGUAAUCUUUUCAUGGCGGUGCGAGCGAGUGGAUGUACCUUGGAGCUGUCUAAAACUUGUCAAAGUUUCACCGUUACGAAGUCAACCGCGUCGUUUGUAGUGUGCAUUUGGAAAAGAUGGCAGCAAAGGCGAUUCGAGAGGCAACUGGAAAAGACUUAAUCAAUCGCAAACUUCCUCCUGGAACAAAAGCAGCAAAAUGCAGAUUUGCAUCUAUUACGGAAAAUACAAAUUGGACCGAUAUCGCCAACGAACAUCCCUGGCUCAAGAUAGAAAAAUUGGUCGUUAAACCGGAUCAAUUGAUUAAGCGCAGGGGAAAACUCGGAUUGAUCAAGGUGAAUGCAGAUUUAUCUACAGUGCAGGAGUGGAUUGGACAACACAUGAACAAGGACCAACGUGUUGGCAAGGCGACUGGAAAAUUAAAAACAUUUAUAAUCGAGCCGUUCAUACCGCAUAAACCGGAAGAAGAAGCUUACAUCUGUAUCUAUUCUCAUCGUAGAGCCGAUACAAUAUUAUUUCAUCACCAAGGAGGCAUUGACAUCGGGGAUGUAGAUGCUAAGGCUUUGAAAUUAGACAUACCGGUUGGUGGCGAGCUACCCGAUCGAUCCACAUUGAUCGAUAAGCUUCUUACAAAUGUGAUGGAUGACAAAAAAGUGAUGAUUGCCGAAUUCGUAGAAUCUCUCUAUAAGCUUUACGUUAAUUUAUAUUUUACAUAUUUGGAGAUUAAUCCGCUGGUGGUAACAGAUACCGCAAUUUAUAUACUCGAUCUCGCGGCCAAGUUGGAUACUACGGCGGAUUUCGUAUGUAGACCCGACUGGGGGGAAAUCGACUAUCCACCGCCGUUUGGGAGAGACGCUUACCCGGAGGAAGCUUAUAUUGCUGAUUUGGAUGCCAAAUCCGGCGCCAGUCUGAAGUUGACGAUCCUCAAUCCAAACGGUCGUAUAUGGACGAUGGUUGCUGGUGGUGGUGCAUCCGUGAUAUAUUCGGAUACAAUUUGUGACUUGGGUGCAGCCGAUGAGUUGGCCAAUUAUGGCGAGUACUCUGGCGCACCUAGCGAGCAACAGACUUACGAAUACGCAAAAACGAUAUUGAGUCUAAUGACAAAAGAGAAGCGCACCGAUGGGAAAGUGCUCAUUGUAGGAGGAGGAAUCGCCAACUUUACCAAUGUAGCUGCGACAUUCAAAGGCAUCGUCAAGGCCCUUCAGGAAUACCAGCCCAAAUUGGUGGAGUACAAUAUAAAAAUUUUUGUAAGAAGAGCCGGACCUAAUUAUCAAGAGGGUUUAAGGAUAAUACGGGAAGUUGGUAGACGCCUAGGGAUUCCCGUUCACGUGUUCGGCCCCGAGACACACAUGACGGCCAUAUGCGCUAUGGCACUAGGGAAGAAACCAAUUCCCGAUCCAGAAGCUCAAGAAUUCUCAACCGCCAACUUUUUAUUACCUUCGGGCCAAGAUAUCGGACCGUUGUCUUCGUCGUCCAAGAGUAAUUCACAUUCGCCGUUGGAGCAGCCUAAACUGAAGACCGUCGAAGUGGAUUCGGCCGGCGACAGACAACUUUUUAACGAUAAGACGAAAUCAAUCAUUUGGGGUAUGCAAACGAGAGCUGUACAGAGUAUGUUGGAUUUUGACUUUGUUUGCCGAAGAUCCGAACCGUCCGUCGCCGCUGUCGUUUAUCCUUUUACCGGCGAUCACAAACAGAAGUUUUAUUGGGGUCACAAAGAGGUUCUCAUUCCUGUUUACAAACAAAUGAAAGAUGCUAUGGCCAAGCAUAAGGACGCUGAUGUAAUGGUCACGUUCGCCUCUCUAAGAUCCGCUUACGAAAGCACCAUGGAAACGCUGCAAUUUCCCCAAAUCAGAACGAUUGCUAUAAUCGCGGAAGGUAUACCCGAAAAUAUGACCAGAAAACUGAUUUUAACAGCGCAACAAAAGAAUGUGACCAUCGUCGGGCCGGCGACUGUGGGAGGUGUGAAGCCAGGUUGUUUCAAGAUCGGCAACACCGGCGGGAUGAUGGACAAUAUCCUUCAUAGCAAAUUGUACAGGCCCGGCAGUGUCGCCUAUGUUUCUCGAUCCGGUGGCAUGUCGAACGAGUUGAAUAACAUAAUCUCAAAAGCUUCCAACGGCGUACUGGAGGGUGUCGCUAUCGGUGGGGACCGUUAUCCGGGAACCACCUUUAUGGAUCAUAUAAUGCGAUAUCAAAACGAUCCGGACGCGAAGCUGAUAGUACUGCUCGGAGAAGUCGGUGGCGUCGAGGAGUAUGAAGUUUGCGAAGCACUGAAAACUGGCUGGAUCACCAAGCCAUUGGUAGCUUGGUGCAUCGGCACUUGUGCCAGUAUGUUCAGUUCCGAAGUACAAUUUGGCCACGCUGGCUCCAUCGCGCACACCAAUCUCGAGACGGCUUCCGCGAAGAACGCGGCGUUGAAGGCUGCCGGCGCGCACGUACCGGACAGCUUUGACAAUCUCGGUGAUCUCAUACAAACCGUUUACGAGCAGCUGGUCAAGGAUGGCACGAUAGUGCCGGAACCCGAAGUUCCACCGCCGACAGUGCCGAUGGAUUACAACUGGGCUAGAGAGCUUGGUUUGAUACGUAAGCCAGCGUCAUUUAUGACGUCGAUUUGCGACGAACGCGGACAGGAAUUAUUGUACGCCGGUAUGCCAGUGACGGAAGUACUGAAGCAGAACGUGGGCAUCGGUGGCGUCGUCUCGCUUCUCUGGUUUCAGCGCUGCUUGCCACCAACUUAUUGCAAGUUCCUCGAAAUGUCGCUCAUGUUAACGGCUGAUCACGGCCCAGCUGUUUCCGGAGCUCACAAUACCAUCGUUUGCGCGCGUGCAGGCAAAGAUUUGGUUAGUUCUCUCGUCUCGGGAUUGCUCACCAUCGGCGAUCGUUUCGGCGGUGCCUUGGACGGCGCGGCUCGCAUGUUCUCCGAGGCAUACGACGCCGGUCUACAUCCGCAAGAGUUCGUAAAUAAUACACGUAAGAAGGGCAGGUUAAUCAUGGGCAUCGGCCACCGUGUAAAGUCCAUCAAUAAUCCGGACAUGCGUGUCAAGCUCAUCAAGGAGUAUGUGUUGGAGAAUUUCCCGGCGAAACCUCUGGUCGAAUACGCAUUGGAAGUUGAGAAAAUCACGACCAGCAAGAAACCAAAUCUAAUUCUCAAUGUGGAUGGUAUUAUAGCCUGUGCUUUCGUCGAUAUGCUGCGAAAUAGUGGUACCUUUACGAGAGAAGAAGCACAGGAAUAUAUUGAGAUAGGUGCCAUAAAUAGCUUGUUUGUUCUUGGUCGAAGCAUCGGAUUUAUUGGUCACUAUAUGGAUCAGAAGAGAUUAAAACAAGGUCUUUACCGUCAUCCAUGGGACGAUAUUUCUUACGUGUUACCCGAGCAAUAUAAUUAAAGAUAAACGCGCGCGAGCGAAGAAACAGUGACAUUGAUAUUGUCGAUAUAUUGUCAAUCUUGUACACACGGCGCCAUUGAUGCCAUUCCCUGGAUCGAGAGUCUCGCACGACUUUCGACCUUUAUACAUAAUGCUUGAGAUUGAAAAUCACACAAAUAACUUUGGUCACAAUAGUAGAGUUAUACAAUGGCUUUAAUUGUAAUGAUUUUAACCUUAUUUGUACACGCGUGAGAUCGAAGAUUGUAUAACCAUCAAUCUAGGCUAUAUCGCUGGGGAAACUCAUGUCGUUGAGCGUAUAUACUCGCGCAAUGCACGUACUAGUGGACAAAGUCCGCUGUACUUUCAUUUCUCAGAGAAGAUAUUUAUGUAUCAAUAUGAUAUUUUAACCAAUGUAAUAAUCGGGAAGUAUUAUUAGAGGGAGUUUCAUAAAUCGGACGAUUGCAAAGAUAUUUUCAACGAUUUUCCAAUAUAUCGUGUAAACUGAUCGCGUAAAUUUGAAACAAUUCUACUUGAAAAGGCUAUCAAACACAUUCCAUAGCGUGCAUUUUUGCUGGAUUAGCAGAAAGUAGCGGAUGGCGAUCGUCUGAUAUUUGCUUGGAAACUAAUCACAGACAAUUUUUUUUUUUAAUUAAAACUCGGUGGUUAAGUUUGGUAGAAACGUAUCACAAUGUUAUUUUGUGCACAACUCUGAAAUACAACUUGCAAAGAGAAAGUAGACCCUUUGCUACAUAUUAAAAAAGAAUAUAUAAUAUUUAUGAGAACGUUGCUCUCUCUAAAGUUUCUUUCUCUCUCUCGUGUUUAGCAACACCGUGUAUCUACAUACAUUGCACACUUGCCAUACGUGUGUUUCUAGAAAAGUGAAAAUUGGUAAGAUACACUUGUUACAUGUCACUACAAGCUCAUGUGAGCGCAAUCUCAGACUCUCAAAAAUGAAGCACUGCAAGUGGAAAUAAAAGUAUCAAAAUUGUAA